AUGAGUCCUCUAUAUGAAAAAGUUAGUAGGUCUACAAUCACUCGAGAUUGCAUAAAAGUUAUAGAUGUAGAAAAAGAGAGGAUAAAGAAAACUUUGAAAAAGGCUGAGAUGGUAUCCCUCACUAGUGUCUGUUGGACAUCUAACCAAACGAUUGGUUACAUGUGUUUAACGGCUCACUUUGUUGAUUGUGAUUGGAAAUUGCAAAAAUGCAUUAUAGAUUUCAAUGAGCUUGCACCACCCCAUAGCGGUGAGGUUAUUUCCGAUGGUAUCUUAGAGUGUCUUAUAAAAUGGGGUAUCCAAGACAAAAUAGGUACCAUCACUUUAGACAAUGCAUCGAACAAUGAUAGGGCAGCCAACAUUUUGAUGAGUAAUUUUAAGAGAAAGGGGAAGUUACACUUUGAUGGUUUGUUUUUUCAUAUAAGAUGUUGUGCUCACAUCUUAAACUUGGUAGUGCAAGAUGGUUUAGGAACUAUCGAAUCAAGUCUUGUAAAAAUUAGAGAAGGUGUCAAAUAUUUGAGGAAGUCUUCAGGUCGUUUAUUGAAUUUUGGUGAAAUAGCAAUAACACUUGGCAUAUCCACUAAUCGGUCUUUAUGUACCGAUGUAAAAACUAGGUGGAACUUAACGCACCGUAUGCUUGAAUCGGCUAUUCACUAUAAACAAGCUUUUCUAGGUUAUGCGUUGAGAGAUUCCAACUUUGUGUGGUCCCCCACAGUUGAUGAAUGGAAUCGUGCCGAAAGAGUUUGCAAUCUACUUGUAGUGUUUUUAAAAGCUACUAAUUUGUUUUCCGGUACAUCGUAUCCAACUUCAAACUUGUUUCUUAUUGAAAUUUAUGAAGUGAAGAAAGAGAUAUGUAAUGCAUUUUUUUCCGAUGAUACUUUCUUGAAGAGCAUGAGUAAACCGAUGUAUGUGAAAUUUGAGAAAUAUUGGGGGGAAAUUGGGAUCCUUAUGUCUAUUGCAUCAAUUUUAGAUCCCCGUUUUAAGAUGUUCUCAGUUGAGUGGACUUUUGAGAGAUUGUAUUUAGAGGAUGAAUGUAAGAUCAUGGUUGAAGAUGUGAAAAGUAAGUUAAAAUCAGUUUUUGACAAGUAUUGUAAUGCAUAUAAGACAUCUGAGGCUGCCAUGAAUAGCUCAAAAACAUCUUAUAAUGAAUCAAGUUCGCACACGAAUGAUUUUUAUGCUUGCCUCAAUUCAAGAACCAUGUCGAUUGAAAGAAAAUCUGAACUUGAUGAGUAUUUGGAUGAGCAAAACCUAAAAUGUAUGGAUCCAAAGUUUGAUGUGUUGAAGUAG